UUCUCCCAUUAGCGAAAUGUAUCUCUUUAACAGCAGACAGUGACAACAUUAGUAUAAGACAUAGCUCGGGAAGAAAUUUCUGGCCGGCAAUUAAGUCAAGUACAAAUUCACCAGAGACAAUCAACGAACCAAUGGCUCCCCACAAGCACUUGAUCGCCCUUUUGAUUCUUCAAUCGCUUCUCCUCUCGUCUCAGUUCCCGGCCCUAUGGGCGGCCCCGAGCUCAAACUUGUUCAGGGAGUACAUUGGUGCUCAGUUCAAGAACGUUCGCUUCUCCGAUGUCCCCAUCUACGGAGGGGUCGACUUCCACUUCCUCCUCUCCUUUGCCAUCGAUUAUGACUCCUCGGGCUCGUCCCCGACAGACGGGAAGUUCAACGUCUUCUGGGACACGGACAACCUCAGCCCCGAUCAGGUUUCCUCGAUCAAGGCCCAAAACUCGAAAGUGAAGGUGGGCCUGAGCCUAGGAGGCGAUAGCGUGCACAGCAGCAAGGCCUACUUUGACCCUUCCUCCGCCCAAUCCUGGGUUUCCAAUGCCGUCGCUUCACUUACAUCGAUCGUCCAACGUUACAAUCUUGAUGGGAUCGAUAUCGACUACGAGCACUUCAAGGCGGACCCCGAAACAUUUGCAGAUUGCAUCGGGCAGCUCAUAAGCUCCCUCAAGAACAACGGAGUGAUUCAGUUCGCUUCGAUAGCCCCGUUUGCAGACGACGAUGUUCAGUCGCACUACUUGGCCCUGUGGAGAAAAUACGGGCAAAUCAUUGAUUAUGUCAACUUCCAAUUUUACGGUUAUGAUAAGGGCACCACCGUGUCUCAGUUCCUCGACUACUUUGAUCAGCAGGCCUCGAACUAUGAUGGUGGGAAGGUCUUGGUUAGCUUCAUCAGCGAUGGGAGCAGUGGACUGUUACCAGAAAAUGGGUUCUUCACGGCAUGCAGCAGGCUCAAGAGCGAGGGCAAGUUGAACGGGAUAUUCAUAUGGUCAGCAGAUGAUUCAAAGGCAAACGGGUUUCCAUACGAGAAACAAUCGCAGGAAAUGUUAGCGAGUGCCAACUAGCUCGGAGUUAUCCGCAGUACGCAUAAUUUAUUAAGAGAGAGCAGAGCUGUGUGUGUGGAUUUGUGUUGUAUGCUUCUAUUCGACGUUUUAUCAGCGUGUGGCCACAUGCUGUAUAGUAUCGUAACAUAUACAAGUAAAGAUCGAUAUAAUGUGAUAUCUAGUCGAUAACCGAGUUA